AUGAAACUCAAAUAUUGUCAAUUCUUUCAGGAGGAAAAUGAGAUCCCUGCCAGUGUUUUUGCAAAAGAGCCUAUUCCCAGCAUUACAGAAGGAAAAGAGGAUCCUGUGGAUGAGAACAAAACACUGGAAGAAACCUUGCACACAGUGGAGUUGUGUUCAGAUGAUGAAAUGUUUCACGAGGAAGACGAUGUGGAUGACAGUGCAGAGGAGAAAACAGAAGAAUCAAGAGCUGAGAAACUUAAAAGAUCCAGCCUCAAGAAAGUAGACAGCCUCAAGAAAGCAUUUUCCCGCCAAAACAUCGAGAAGAAGAUGAACAAGAUCGGCACAAAGAUCGUCUCGCCUGAACGGAGAGAAAAGAUCAAGAAAUCGCUUACUGUACAUCAUCAGAAAUCCUCUUCUUCAAAGAGUUCCGCUUUCAAAGUAUCUCCCCUCACGUUUAACGUGAAGAAAGCCCAUGAAGGAGAAAGCCCUGCUGAAGCUGAGGACAGACCAGCAGAAAGUACAAGCAACGACCAAGCUGAGAAUGAGGAUGAAAUGUCAUUCGCCGACAUGCACUCGGAUAUGACACCUACCACCUCGCUGACCGAGGAGGGCAAAGCAGCAGCCGAUUCUCUAGAGAAGGAAGCCAGAAUGGAAGGGAACGCCAUGAUGAACAACAACAUCGAGCUGUCCAUUGUUGAAGAUGAUGAAGAGUAUGGGAUGCCUCCAGAAGUUCCUAGCCAGAAACUGUAUGAUGAAAGAAACAACCCAGUUGGCGGGGAAACAGAACAAUCUGAUGAAGAAACCACCCAAGCAGCUGUCCUGCAGAUAGACCAAACAGCGUAAUCAACCCGAGCCUUCCUUCACCUUCCAGAUACGCAUGGUUUUACUUAGGCGAGUAGGUGGUUUCUGCUAGACAGGCAGUAUUAGAAAUUCAGUUUCUUCCAUCCUUUUCUCUGCAGUGGUAAUUUAUUGCAUUGUGUUGGAACACAGAGUGAACAAGGUCAAUGACACAGGCUGCAACAUGCUCCGUUUUAGACCGAGUCACUGGUGUUUAUUAAUUUAGAGAUGCUGUCAGCUGGCAUAAGAGACUAGCAGGAAAAGAGUAUGUCUAGCAGAAGCAAGCUGGUCAGCUGGCUUUCUUAUAGUUAGGUCAGAGGAAUGUGUAGAGAGUAGUCAAACCCCAAACAUUUCUGUUGUGUUUUCUUCUCUGUCAGUAUUUCACAGCACUGUGAGUAGUUUUGUAUGUAAAUGUAGAAAUACCAAUGAGAACGUUUGAUUUCGGUUUCCGUGCUAUGCUCCGUGAAUACUAACAGCCUCAGUAACUGUGCAUACACGUAGUUUGUUUGGGGCUUUGCUCCACGAUGCUGUAAGCCUAGAAGAGCAGAGUAUUUAAAGGGCGAAGCUGAAAAGUUGGUUCCAUGAAUUUCAGUGGGGGAAAGAUUUUUACCAGAAGCCUCUCACUAUUCACUUAGAAGAAAUAACUGUGUUUAGGUGGAAAUGAAAAGAUGUUUUUCAAGUCUACCAGAGUUAUGGAAAUACAUUAGCAACAAGCAUGAAUGUGUGAUCAGCUACUGUACCUUUAAGG